UGAACGUUUUAAUAAAUGUGUUGGUUGUGUUGUCUAUUGUUUGUUUCAAAGCGAGACAGUUAAAUUGAUAAACUGGGGAAAACGAUUUAUUGUUCUUCACGCUGGUGCGCUGUUGCCACGUUGCCAUGGUGACGAGACGAGACAUUUAGCCAUUUUGCGGGGUUGCCCAGUUAAAACAACGUGUAUUGUGCUUGUUUGUUUAUUUGAGAAGACAGUGUGCUUGUUUGUUUAUUUUGAGAAGACAGUGUGCUUGUUUGUUUAUUUUGAGAAGACAGUGUGCUUGCAAGUCAAUGUAGUAAUGGAGCUCAUCGGAAGCAGUUAUAAAGGAGCCACAAAAAAUGGCAGGAUGGAUGGAAAAGGAGAGUACACAUUUCCCACAGAGACCAAGUAUGAGGGAGAGAUGAAAGAUGGGAUGUUUCAUGGCAAAGGAGUGCUACACUUUCCAAAUGGAGGUACAUAUGAGGUCACCUGGGAAAACGGCAGAGCUAACCAGGGGUUAUAUACCUUUGCUGACGGUUUGCAGUACCAGGAGAAGGACUGGGACUACUGUGAUGGAAAAGACAGGCGCUUCUACAGUGAGAGGUGCAACGGACUCAGACCUGCAGGAGAAUCUCAGCUUACUGAUCUGCAUCCGCCACGUGUCAUUCCUGAUGGAUGCUACGAUUGUGGGGAUGGUUUCUAUGACCCCAAUACCAGAGUCAUCACUUCCCACACUGGCAGAUUCCUCCGGAAUGCAGGCCCAUUUGUCAGAGUGGGUGUGAAGACAGAAUUUAUUGCCUCGUGGCUUCCGCCCAGGAUGAGGACUGCAGGGAUGGUGGGACACGGGGAAGACUCAUCCACUCAGAGGGGACGUCUGCUGCAGCAAGGAAAGAGGAAGGAGCUCCCCAUGUAG